UCUUCGUCCACUGCUCAUCAUAAGCGACGAAAUGUUACUAGAAGUGUUUUUACUCUACCUCACCCUUACCAUCGCCGUAUCCGCUUCCCCCGAUGCCGGUGCGACCGAAACCUAUGUCACAAAGUACGAUAACAUAAAUUUGGAGCAAAUUUUCGCCAGUGAACGGCUGAUGAACAACUACAUGAACUGUUUGAAGAAAGUCGGCCCGUGCACACCCGAUGGCCAACAGUUGAAAGCCAACCUUCCCGAUGCACUGAUGAGCGAUUGCGCAAAGUGCUCCGAAAAGCAGCGCAUCGGUGCGGACAAGGUGAUCAAGUUUAUCGUUGCGAACCGGCCGGAUGAUUUUGCGACGCUCGAAAGUCUCUACGAUCCUACCGGAGAGUACCGGCGGAAGUACUUGGACCCGGACGGUACGAUUGUGAUGUCCCAGGGGGCUCACGGUGAGUCUCAACCUACGCCGACCACCGCCGAUGGUGGCAUUGAAGCGAAGGCCCACGCAACCGAGCAGAACUCAACCUCGUCUCAAGAUCAGGGCCACGGCGAUCAUGAAGGGUCAAUCGAAAGUGAGUGAAAACUGAGACGCCAACGCAGACAACGAAACGAGCCGCUUCCGAUAGAUCAUCAUAAAACCGACCCCACGCUCACACCAUCGCAGUCGCAGGCCUCCAUGUUUGCCUUCGCUUUGACCAAUUUGCUGUAAAACAGUGUACGCGUUGACGUGCCACUGCGUCACGUUUCCUGUACCGUAUAAUUUUCUACACGAUACACAACCAUCAAUAGUAGCAGCGAUGUUACCACCUCGAUCUACCCUCCGCGAGCAUCAAUCCGACUCGAGUCGACUCGCGACGCGUGCGAUGGAAUCCAAUUUCUCUCUAAUGAUCAAUGAGCAACGGGGCGGGGGAGGGGGGGCACCUCGCGAAAGGUCAAUACGUUUUACGUCCAGCAAACAAUCGGCUCGCUUCAAAAAGUCACCCAUUCCAUUUCAUGCUUUCAUAAGAAUGCCACUGUGACUGUCGCCACCUUGCCUCCGAUCCACACAUGGUCGAGUGGAAAGACAUUCCCACUCUUCUUACACUACUCGCAACGUCCGUCGGUGGAAAACUACUCGCGCCAACACACCAGACCGGCCACCACGAAACCGCCCGCUGAUGAUUCAUUCGUGCAGCCUCUGUGCGGCGAACAAAACGCUCGUGCACGAGGCGGAAAUGAAGAGGACGAAGAGGCAGCCACCAAGAAGCAGAAAGUAUGCAGCGAAAAUUGCAACCAUUUUUACCAACGCUCAAGGACGGACAGCAACCGGCGGUGAUCGAAGGGUACGCCGAGUGAUGCACCGAUGAUGACCGACAUUGGUGCUACCGUAAAGGCGUAUAAUCUUCGCAUUAGACAUCUCUUUUAACGAUUUGCCGCGUUGACUCACAUCCAGCGACAGCAC